AUGUUCUUACAGAGAAAGAGCUCUGAUAAGCCUGAGAGUGGGAGAAAGAGGGACUCGAGGACGGGAGGUAGUGAGAGGGAGUCGAGGGCCUCGGGUAGCGAGAGCAGCCGCAGGCUAAGGCGCAAGCAGGAGAUGCUGACGACCUACGAGAACAUCAUCACUGCUUUGGAACAACCUGUGUUUAAGCAUAUAGACGGCUCUUCUAUGAGGGCCUUCCUGACCAGCUUGUACUACCAUAGUGCAGGCGACAGAACUAAGCCUAUAACUCUUCCCAGGACUAUAGGUCUGAGCAAGGGUGCAGGAAUGACUCUCUACCCUGAGGGGAUGGUUAUCAGCCGCGAGGCAAUGCAGUCGGGUGACAGGCAACUCGUUGAGGCCUACGGGAAGCUUAAGAUACGCGACGAGGAUGACGCCUCUACCGUUCUCUCCCUUGGGUUCGCUGCAGACAGCGGAUCUGUCUUCAACUAUGUCGAGCUUCUAGAUGCGGAGGAAGAAGACAAGGCAUCGUAUAGGGCUAGUAUCCCUCCUCCGAGAGCAAAUACCGUCUACGCUGACAUGCCCUCCUAG